AUGGCAGUUACUACUUGGGGUGGGAAGCAGAUUAUCGACCCUCAUAUGCCAAUUGAGGUUGAAAGAGUGAAAAUACCCAAAGAUGAUGAAGUUGAAGUAGUGGACAAGCAAAAAGGUCUGAAUGAGAAAGAAGUGGAAGUGACUCAAAAAGUAAUUCCAAUGCUUCCUCAAAGGUUGGUCAAGAAAACUAAGGAAGGGAAAUAUCGGAAAUUUAUCUCCAUGUUGAAGCAACUCUCAAUAAAUGUCACUUGGAUUGAGGCACUAGAAGAGAUGCUUGACUAUUCUAAAUUAAUGAAGGAUCUUGUGACAAAAAAUAGUGCUGUCUAUUUUGAAAGUUAUGAUAAGUUGCACUAUUCGAGUGCCAUUUUUAAUCGAUUGUUAGUGAGAAAGAAGGAAGAUUCCAGAGCACUUGCUAUCCCAUGUACCAUUGGCAUGAUACAAUUCGGCAAAGCCCUAUGUGACUCGGGAUCCAUCAUAAAUCUGAUGCCUCCUUCUACAUUAAAAAAAUUGGGCUUGGAAGCCUCAAAACUGACUGCAAUGCGCCUACUAAUGGGUGAUCCGACUGUGAAGAAACAAAUAGGGGUACUACAAGAUGUUCUUGUUCAAGUUGAAGCAUUGAUAUUUCUUGCUGAUUUUGUGAUGUUAGAUAGUAAUGUUGACUUUGAAGUGCCAAUAAUCUUGGGGAAACCAUUCCUUGCUAAUGGGCGUGAUUUAGUUGAUAUGGAAAGAGGGCAGAUAAAAUUUUGA